GCAAAUUGAACGCGCGCAGCGUCAUCACAGUGCGACAUACUCGUAUGAAACAAAACAGAAGCUUUCUGUGGGGAACUUUGCUCACUUGUCACCGGAGGUAUUUAUAUUUAGAUUUGAAUGACUGCAGUACUGUUGUGCUAGCGUCACCUGCUGCUUGCUGCCUCUGGGAUGGGCCAGCAGAUCUCGGGUCAGGCGGCGCGUCUCCCUGAGAAGUUGCUCAAACACGUCGGCUUGGUGCGAGACGGUUGCUACCUCACCUACGAGGAGUUUUUGGCCAGGGUGGCCGAACUCAAUGACUUGACUGCUAAGCUAGCUGCAGGGCAACAAAAGCACCUGCUGUUUGAGGUGCAGCCGGGAUCGGAUGCCAGCGCCUUGUGGAAGGUGUCUGCCAGGAUCGUUUGCACUAAGAUCAACAAGGACAACGGCGCGGUGGAGGCGUCGCGCAUCAUGAACCUGUACCAGUUCAUCCAACUGUACGGCGACAUGACCAGUCAGGCCGCCGGCGUGCUGGCCGCAGAGGGCGCCGCCGCCGCCAGUCUGACCACCGCGGCCUCUUCCGCACCGCCUCUCGCCCCCGACGCCUGUCAGGCCAGCAUGUGGAUGGGCAGAGUGAAGGAGUUGACGGACGACGAGGAAUGCUGCAUCUGUAUGGACGGGAAGGCCGACCUCAUCCUGCCGUGCACUCACAGCUUCUGCCAGAAGUGCAUCGAUAAAUGGAGCCGCAACUGCCCCAUGUGCCGCCUGCAGGUGACCGCCGCCAGCGAGUCGUGGGUGAUGUCCGACUUCCCCACCGAGAACGACAUGGUGGGAUACAUUCUCAACCUGGCCGACGAGGCGGGAUACCCGCAUCGGCCUUAACGCAACAAGUAAAUGAAAAACAAAACAAAAGAAGAA